AUGUCUCGGAAGAGGCCAUCGACGAGCGCGGAGAAGAGCGACAAGAGCAAAAAGCCAGGAUUCUUCGACUUGGGAAGCUUCGUGUCGAAAGUUAAAACGCGUGAUGUCAAUAUUCUCAAUGAGUUGGCCUGGUUCUCGGAGUCGGCUCGAACUUUCCAGAGUACUCGGGCGACUAUGGAUAUCGUGCGAGAAUUCCUUCAAAUGAUUGAUUGUGAUCUGAGUCUGCUCACGAUCUACAUGGAUAUAUUCAAUGGAGAUCAAGAAGCAUUCUUGCAAAUUGUUUUCGCCCUGGACAAUAUUUUCGUUCGCUUCCAAGACGACGAUACAUUGACAACAUUGCGGGCGAAAGUUUUGAUUUACGCUCAAAGGGUACUCUCGCAAUUCGGACCGGGUCUCGCGGAAAUGCUCGGCUCACAGGGUGAUCCCGUCGUGAUCAAGCCCGUGCUAAAGCUUCUCACUUCGAUGGUGUUGGUGGGCCCCGAAGUUGCGGAUGUUUUCAUACAAUCUGUAGACCUGUCUUUCUUCAACACUUGUUUCACCCGUGUCAGAAUCAAGGAGACUCUAUCGAUUCGAACCUGCGCGCAAUACCUGCUGAUUGCUCUGCUUAUCAUAUCCAAGCGAAACACUCUGUGGAGACUGGUCGACAAUCGAUCCGUAUUCCCGUGGGCUUUCGCCGGACUAGUGCAUGACAAGCCGAACGAUGUAAUCAGUUUCCUGCAAACAGUGAAGGAGAAGAUCACCGAAAACAGCUUUUUGAGCAAGAAUCAGAAAAUCAACGUGCUAAAUAAAACUUCAUUGACUCCGGUCAUGGCCCUGCUCAUAUGGAGAGGCCAAAUGGAAUGGCGGGGAAAGGAGUGGAGCAGGGUAUUCCUAUACGAGAAGAAAGCGAAGGAGAAAGACUUGAGCGCCUUGAUGAAAGGGAAUGAAUUGCUCAUUGCGACGCCUGCCGAUCAGAAGAGAGUGCGCUCCUGUGCGGCGGAAUUUCUCUCUGCUAUCCUCUUCGAUACGAAACAGGGUGUCGUCUUCAAAGAUCCAAGCCUCGGAAUGGGUGAGAAGAACUGCAAUUUCAUCGUGACUCAGAUCGUGGCGAGCUGCUCGCAAGUUUUCUCGGAAGAAGAAGGUGCUUUAUUCAUGGCGGACCUACUGGUCGCCCUUCCCGAUCAACUCAAAUACAUCAUCGUCGACCGUUAUUUCAACUUUAAUUCGGCUAAGCAGUCGAGAACCCACCAUCAUUUCUACAACACGUUAGCGAGGGUCGUGACGCGACUCGACUUCAAGAGUCUGUUCGCCCAGCUGGAGCCCUCCGCAACGAAUCAGUACAUCGAUUUAGUUCGUCACUUCUGCCUCUUCCAAUUCGUGCCGAAAGAUCUAUCGGAGUAUAGUCUGACGUCCGCGUACUCCGUGCUCACUUUCGUUGUGUCUAUGCUGAGGAAGCUCACUGACGUCAUGAGACAACUCGAUCGUGAGACACGUCGGAUUCUCAUUCCCUUCAUCAAAGACAAUCUGAUCCAACCGGCUGCUCUGACCGAGUUACUGAGGACGAGCUUCAGUUCGGAAGACAUACUCACACUCUCCGACUACAGUGGAGCGGAUAUAUCAGACUUCGUACUGAAAGUGCUCGACACCAUGAACAUGAUGGCCUCUCCUCUCCUCGGUUACAUUACCGCUAAUUUCGGCUGGUCGCUGAUGACGGACGUGGACCAAAUGAUUAGAGAGAAAGUUUCCGUGAUCAACAAAUCGAAAAUAUAUUUGCGACUCAUGGAGAUGAUAUUCAGCUUCCUUCCGGAUUUCGAAGAGCAGCUCGUCAAAAGCGACAUGAAGCCUUUGAGACUCUUGUUCAGUCUCCUCGCCGAAGCAUCGACCGACGUCACGUUCCAGGUCGAGUUCGUGCAUCACGCGAUCCAGAUUCUCAGAAAGUUCUCACGGCUGGCGAAACACAAUCAUGAGAUCGAGUUGUGGAUCUCGACGGUGUUGGCAUCCGAAGAGCAAGAAGUCAAUCACGCUUAUUCGAUGGCACUAUGCGACGCCGUACGUGAUUGCGUCGUGAAGGGAGAGGUUUACGAGAAGGAAAUCCGAGAGCUCGGUUCCGAGAGUCAGAGCUCGAGCGAAAACACGAGAAUGUUCAGUCCUCUGUCAGCGCACAUUGUUUCGGUCGACCACGAACGAUAUCCAGUUUUCACGGCGGUAAUGCGCGAGAUCCUCCACAGGCAGAUCGAUUAUCCGGUCUACAUAAAGUUCCUGCAGAAAUAUGGAAACGGGAAGCUGGAUCCGCAUUUUGCGCAUUACAUUAAUUUUCUGCUGAAAGGAGAGAAGCCCUUCGUGGGCAAAGGCUCGUUGAACGUGGAAAAAUUCUCCUCUGCCAGCGCCAUGCAGCUUGAGACCGCCUUCGUAGCCUCAAUGACUGGUGGGCAUCCGAAGUCCCUGGAGCGAGUCAUGGCCAAAAUAGACUUCACCGGCGAGAACGCCAUCAACGUAUCGCUGCUGAAUCAGCUCAUAUUUAUCAUACGCUGGUGCCAUAAACACGAUCAAGUUCUCUUCGUCAAUCCAGUGGCAUCGUGCCUGAAUAAUCUGGCGGCAGUUUGUGAUAAAGCGACCAUAGAGAAAUUAUCGGACUUCAUUAGGUGCAGCGCACUCCAAAGCAGAUACUGUGCGCCCGGAGAAUCUGAGAUAACUCUCCUCGUGCUCACCAUAAUCAGAAGAGUCAUGCAGCUCGGCAUAGAUGUCGGUUUCGACAUCAGCUCGCUGAAGCAGAAAGCUCUCGCAGCUGUUUUUCAAGGACAUAUGGAGAUGUCACCGUUCAUCGAGACCUUCAAAGAUCUCUGCUCGAGGGAGGAAAUUUCAUCCCUGAUCGAGCUUGUGUGCACGUCGAAACGGCUGUCGACGUCCGCGGCGUCGUUGCUGAUCAUCAUGAGUCGACGUAAAUGCCGGAUCUCCGUACGCGCUGUGAGGUAUCUCGUCGAACAGGCCCAACGAGAAUCUGAGGUUUCUGCUGCUCUCAAAAAUUUUCUGGAGGAAUGUCCGAUGCACGCGGCCGCUCUUGAGAUCUCAACGCUAUGUAGAUUGAUCGAGGCACAGAAUCCGCUGGCGCUGACGAUCAUGCGUGCAAGUCCGUCUCUGACAAGGGCCGUCGAGAAAAAUCUCAUGAGCCUCGGCGAGCUGAGAGGUUCGAGUUCUCUGUACUGUCUUGAGCUGCUCGAGAUCCUAGCACAGCAGAACACAGACGAGCCCUCGAAGGAAAUCUCGGACUUCAUCAAGCAUUCUUUCCUGAGUGUGAUGAAGUCCUGUCUACAAGAGCAGGAAUCCGACGAGAUCACAGAGAAGAUAGCGGACAAGGCUUACGCUCUGCUCCUCCAUCUGAGACACGUGGUCGCUAUCUUCACCAAAGACUUCAACAAAUUGUUGAAAAUCGUCCUCCCGCACGCGGAAAAACCCACGUCGAUCGUCUUGGUCCUACUGAAUUCGGUCCUCGAGCACGGCGACGUCAGCGAAGACUGUGUAAUUGCACUCUUCAAGUGUCUGACGAAAUUGAGCGCCGAGACUGAGCACAACGAGAAAAUCUUCACUCACACGUGCACUGUCCUUUCCGGGCUCCCAGAAACCUUCUGGAAGUUGAACUCGAUGCGAGAUAUUUUCGAAAAAUCACUCAAGGGUAUUCUGAAGAAAGCGUUUGUGGGUCGGGGAACUGCUCUGAAAGUGCUGCGUGUAGUCUGCGAGAAGUCAUUCGGCUUCACCAACCCGCCUAUCGCGGCUCUCUCAAUCGUUGAGAUGAUUUUCGGGCAUUCUCAGAUGUUGCCCGUCCUCAGCGGAAAGGAUUGUCCGAUGAAGCAAGAGCUCGUGCACCUUCUCGUUUCCGUCACCGCCGUCGAGCCGCGGAACGUAUGCAAAACUCCGCAUGUUCCGAUCCUCCUGUCCGGGUACACGGCAACUCUGUCGUUGAGUGAUCAGCACAUCUUCCAUCUAUUGACAAUAUACGAACAGAAUGGAGCGAAUCUCGCUCUAUUCCGACCCCUGAUCUGGGGCGAAGCGGCCCCAGCCUUCUACACCGUCGACAAGGGUACUGCAGAAGUCUCAGUGCUCAACAACGCAACAGUGAAUCAAGUGCUCUCCCAAAUUUCUCAAAAACGCACCUUGCUCACCGUGGAAAAAUUCCCCGGAGACCUCCUGAAGCUCGAUCCCGCGUCUGUUGUUGCGGUGCCUUGCGGCGAAGAGCUUUACGACGUGAGAUUCAUUCUAACGACCGUUUAUCAUCUGCUCGACGACCUGACGGAGGUCCAGACCCUACGACUCGUUGAGGAAAAAGUGCCGCUCUUGGCUAUCGCGACUCUCAGCGCGGAGUGCUCAGAGCUCCGGGCGCUCGGAUACACGUUACUGAGCCGAAUUUACCAGAAAAUGGAACGAGUCAGUUCGCAUCCUCUUGUUAUGUACAUGAUCGCGAUGUUCGAUCUCAUCCGGAACUCCCUCGGCUCUGGGGGGACCCGCAGAAUCAACUCGAUAACGAUGGGAUAUCUGACAAGGAGUUGUGAUAUAAUCAUCAGUGAUCCUCAUAACCCGCUGUACAAUCAAUUGAUAAGGAAUACCCUGUCGUAUCCAGCGAUGAAUUUGGAUCGUUUACCCCUACUCGUGCAAAAUUUCUUCGCAUCGUCGACAGCUCCGAGAGAACGAAGAAUUUGGUUGGAGAAGCUCAUGAGCGACUUCGUGAGCACCAACGCUGACUUCGAUCUCGUAUUCCGCCAGGGACUUUUCAACCACAUCACAAUGUUCUCAUUGUCGGCCAUGAGCGACUGUGAGGAAACGGUGAACAUUCUACGCAUGGUGCAAUCGUGGCUUCAGAAGAGGAAAGGCUUCAAGAGGUUCAACCUGCUUCAUUUCUGGCUGACCAAUCUCAUCCAGAGGCCUGAAGUUAAGCAAAUUGUCAACGACGAAUUAUUGAAUUUCCUGGAUGCGCUGACCCUUCGUCUGAGCGAGCAUAGGAUGCGCACGAAAGAGGCUCUGCUGGGCCAGCUGUUUGCUGUAUUCCACAUCCAGAUCCUACAAAUGAUCAGCGAUGUGACUCCAUCCGUCGUGGAAAAAUUCACCGUUUCAUUCGGAAGAGUGGUCUCCUUAUUGGACGACGAUCAGAUCUGGUGCAUCGACGAGCACGUCAUCCUCAUAAUUCUUCGUAUGAUCAAAGAAGUCGGCUCGGCGCGCGUCAUCGAUCGCGGAUUGACCGUUCUCCAAAAGUGGACACCUCAUAAAGCAACCCGUAGCGAAUUUUUCCCGGUCUCCAUGAAGGAGCUCUGGUUGGAAACGUUGGAGCUGCUGUUCGCUAGAAAAUCGAGCGAUGUCGCUUGGAACGUCGGCUCUCUGGAGAUGGUAUAUCGGUCCCUAGAAGCUCGGUCGGAUCUCAGGAGCCAUCUGCUCGAGAGCACAGUGCUCCACGACGUGGUUUCGGCCAUGGUCAUAUGUGCGGAAUCGGCCCCGCUGCUCGUGAUUGAGAUCUUCAACCUAUUGAAGACGUCAUCUAAUGCCAUGCAGGAGCUCGAAUAUCAAGAAGCGGCAGAACACCUAUCGACCUUGAAGGAUGAACAUCAAGCGAUCGGAUACAUUUCUCUAAUUCAAGAGGCAUGGCUAGGCGUACCGAAACCACAAACGACGACUUUGUUAUCGACCUGA